GGAAGACAAAGUCCUCCAUAAUAAAAGAGUUAUGAAUAACAAAGCAUAAGAAAGAUGUAAACACCAAAGGGUGGAAAACAACCUUUUCUAGUCAAGGAACUAUAGGAACAGAUACCCAGAAAUGAUAAAACAAAAAUGUCUUUCAAAAGAAAUUCUAGGUUGAAUAUUAAAUUUAAAAAAAAUCUAUUAGACUGCAAAAGUCACCCAAGAGAUGCAACAGAAAAAUCAAGCAGUGAUGUUUUAGUACAGAAUGAGGGUGAGACUAAGAAAUUUGCUGCGUAUAUAAAAUUUGCUUGCGAUAUAAAAUUUACACUUAGAUUCUUUCUGAUGGGGAGUUUUGUGCUGAUGUGUGGCAGUUUUUGCAGCACAAAGGAUGUCUAGUAGGGAUAUCUGCUGGAAGAGACUGUGAAUAUCAUUUCUUCCUAGUGCUUUGACAAAGAGGAUAUUGUUGUCAUUUAAUAGAUAAAUAUGCCAAAUGCCAAAUUAAUUCAGAGCUGACUCUUUCAAAGCCAACGAUGUUGCAAUGUGGAUAAAUUUGAUCCCCAUUCAAGCAACGGCAUUCAUCUGAUUAGGAGCCUGCUUGUAAAGGUUUGGCAUUGUUCAGCAUUGCCUUUGAAUAUGAUCUGUUCUAGAGACAGAAGUGCAGCACCGUGCUGGAUAGAAUCUCCCCAGGCCAGUCAGUAACAGAGCAGUGGGAGCGGGAGGGCUGAGGCGUGCGGGUACUGCAGUCCUGUAUUGCGGGGGAAUUCUUAAGCCUCCAAUAGUUCUAAGAAAGGAUGAAUGAACUAUGAAACCAGGAAUGCCCUUCAGUCCCCAAGUGUUUAUCUAGUCUCAGCCAUUCCCUCGGCAAAAUAUUCGUUUAAGUGAAGUUCCAAGUUGGGAAGGAGGAGAGGAAAGACAAAUAGAUGGAAAUCAUGCUCGUAAUGCUUGCACAUUGCACCAUGCUCCCGCAACAAGUUACCCUAUGAUAGUGCAGAUUACGAUGGCAAAAGCUGAAGACAGAAGCACUCAAGUGUGUAACUGGGUUCUGGGAGACAGCUACAAGCUUUGUCUCUCCUCGAAUUUCUCACUCCUCCCUGUGGUCUUCUAUCACACUCUGCACUGGUUCCUCAGUCUCAGUGGAGGCAGAAAAUGGGCUCCAAUCUUUUCCUCCUGGCUUUUGUCCUGGGUAUCGGUGGAUCUUUCCAGUAUGGGUUGCAGAUCUCCAUUAUCAAUUCCCCCGCUGAGUACAUCAAAAGUUUCAUCCGUGAGACCUGGCUGAAGAGAUAUGGCUCUUCUCCCAGUGAAGAGAUUAUUACUUUGAUGUGGUCCUUUAUUGUGUCCAUUUACACCAUCGGUGGGCUUCUGGGGUCCUUGUCUGCUGGAUAUUUGUCUGUUAGGUUUGGAAGGAAGAAGGCCAUGCUGUUCGCCAAUAUCCCCGCCCUGCUGAGCGCAACUCUCAUGGGACUCAGUCGGCUGUGUGGGUCCUUUGAGAUGAUCAUUGCUGGGAGAUUAUUUUCUGGAAUGUGUGGAGGUUUAGCUCUGAAUAUCCAUCUCAUGUAUGCUGGGGAAUGUGCCCCACAGAAUCUCCGUGGGAUGAUUGCCAUAACAGCUUCAACUGCCUGUGCCAUUGGAAAGUUUGUAGGAUUUGCUCUGGGUCUCAGAGAAGUUCUUGGAGUAGAUGCUCUCUGGCCUAUUCUCAUGGCAGCCAACGCGCUUCCUGCCCUCGUUCAGCUUUUCACGCUCCCCUUCUUCCCAGACUCUCCCCGUUACCUGCUCAUUGACAAAAAAGACAAGGAAGGGUGCCUCAAAGCUGUGAAGCAGCUCUGGGGAGAUGGUGACUAUAGGGCCGAAAUAGAUGACAUGAUGACAGAGCAAGAAGCUAUCCUUGGGGAGAAGGCUAAGAGCAUUUGUGAUCUUUUUCAUGACAAAUCUGUCCGCUGGCAGUUUAUCACUCUCUUCCUUGUCGCCUCAUGCACGCAGUUAAUUGGAGUCAAUGUGGUUUACUUUUAUGCACAUGAUAUCUUUAUAAAGGCUGGAAUCUCCCCUGCUCAAUCCCACUACGUCUCCCUGGGAGUUGGGCUCACCGAGAUCCUCUCCACUGUACUGUGUGGUUUCCUAAUUGAGCGUGCAGGGAGGAAGACACUGCUGUGGAAAAGCUACACUGUUAUAGCCUUGGAUUUGGGGCUCCUCACAGUCACGCUUUCACUGCAGGAUUCCUUUUCCUGGGUACCAUACUGCUCUGUUGCACUCAUCUUUAUUUUCAUCAUGAGCUUUGGCAUUGGGCCAGCUGGAGUAUUAUGCCCCUUCCCCACAGAAAUAUUUAUUCAGUCAUACAGACCAGUUGCUUAUGUUUUUAAUGGCGCUAUAAACUGGAUCCAACUCUUCAUCCUUGGACUUUUGUUCCCUUUCAUUGUGGAAGGUCUUGGAAAUUUCUGUUUCAUAAUUUUCCUGACAUACUGUCUGUCCAUGGCUAUCUUUGUCUUCCUGGUGGUGCCAGAGACCAAAGGGAAGACCAUGCUGCAGGUCAUGGAGGAGUUCAAUCGCCUGAACUACCGUGGAAAGAAGCAACAGACAGCGCUGCAGAAGAGUAACUGCUCAGGAAUGAGUGUUACUAGACUUUAACAACAAACUCUCUGCUCCAUAUUUUGCUCUUUUAUUACUGUAGUGCCCAAAAGCCUCGCUAGGCAAGAGAGAAUCCCCUGCUUCAUGAAGAGCACAAAUGUGUAUUUUAAAAAUAAUCACCUGCUGUGCGGAGUGCAGGAUGAACUUGGAGGUUCUCUCCAACUGCUGAAACAUGAGCUGAAUUAAACCCUCUGCAGAAAAAAAUUAAACACAGGAUAUGUCACAACUUAGUCCCCCCCUCCCGGCCUGGUCAGCAGCUAAUCGUGAGCAGUUAUGAUCCAAAUCCACUUCCCCAUCCCCAGGUAAAGGGAAAAGGAAGUAAGAGAGAGAGACACUCGAGGGCUGGAAACUAAAAUUAAGGCAGCUCUAAUGAAUCAAUAAUAAUAAAAAGGGCAAUAAUAUUAAUAAGACUCCCUCACCAAUGACUAUAAGUCACCACUGAUGCUGCAGAGCUGGACUCAGCAGCAGGUGGGAGAUGGAUUCAGGAGAUGGAUUCAGGAAUGCAUGGAUCCGAAUCAGGGGGCAAAAGAACAGGCAAGGUCCUUACUAAAUGCCAGCCAUCAAAGAAGAUCCUCAUGAUCCCUCAGUUCUACACCAUGUAUUACAUACAUGGAAUGGAAUCCUCUGUUGGCCAGUUUUGGGUCACUGGCCCUGUCUGCUCCUCCCUGCAGAUGUGACCCUUUUGACUUACAGCAUUCCACCAGCUCAACGACAGCCUUGGUAUCUAUAGAAAUAAGUAUAAGCAAUGGCCCUUCUGCAUAAUAAUGCCAAAAAGCAAAAAAAACCCCUAUAAAAUAUAUAUAAAACUAUAAAUUUUGCAUGUUAUCACUUCAAGAGACAGACACCAUAUGAAAAAAGUUAUGAACUUUCAGAAAAUUAAGUUAUUUAGACAAGACUAAGCUGUAAAGUUAGAAAAUUGGUUCUGCUUCAGCUCAAACCAGAACAGUGUACAAAGAAAUAAGUCCCUGCAAGUUAGCAGCUGUGUAAACUGAAAACACAGGAUCUGCUAUUUUUCUUACCAGGACCAGGACUCCACAGUUAUUGGAGGAAGUGAGUGUGGAAGGUUCAGAUGUACUGCGUACUUGUGUAACUGAGAGAAAAAUAAGAUAGAGUUUUCAUGUUUAAAUUAUCUGCUCCUACUAACCUAUAGGGCUGCUGAGCUUUCCCAGAGGAGCUUCAGUCCAGAUGAAAAGAAGUGUUCUGCUCUUCAACCUGGUGGACGAAGAGCCCCUUGCCUAUCAGUAGAUAGAAUCAGUAUGCAAUGUUUCCCCCUUUUACAAUUACACUUGAGAGCAAGUACGUGGUGUAUGGGCAACAAGGACUUUCUUGAGGAGCUUAGGAGGGAGAACACUUCUGAGACCUGCAGCAUGGUCUGAAUCCAUGGCCUUUUUUUGAGCGGAGGGGGGAAUUCAUUGCUACACCUGAAGAAAAAGGUGGAAAGGAGGUAUAAGAUUCUGGCGUAAAGAGGACGAUAUGCUAGAGAAGCAUCCAAACACAACCUGUCACCUCAAGCCACAUCUCUUGCUUGGUAAUCAGGUCCAUUGCCUACGGUGUCUCACAAGACACUAAAAAAAUAAUUUCCUUAUACAUGUCUUCCUAGAGUGUGAUCUUGUCCAACAUGCCUGACUUCUUUCCUUCUUCCCUCCUACUAGUAAAUACUGUCCCACAAAAGGGAAAGUGUGGUAAAUCAUUAACACUGCCAUAAGCUAACAUGGAUUAGGAAUAAAGGUUAAAGAAGUACUUCGUGAAUCUGCAGUGUAUCUGUUUUGAUUUCCAGUAUCACACAAGUGCAAUACAUGGUAUCUAUGAAAACAAAAUCCCUCCAAGCUAAGGGUAUUGGGUGAGCUAAGUACUGGG